UGAGGGGAGCGAAAUGUUUUGAGUUGGAGAGCGCGUGAUCGCUCUGCGCACGCGUACGUGCACACCGUGUAGCGACUCAGACUUCUUCCUUUGGGGAGCCCACGCUUUGCAAAGUUGCUGCUUUUUAGCCGGAAGCGGGAAGGCUCGCGGCGGCAGCCUGGUGCGUGAUCCGUGGACGCGGGAAAAGGGGAAGCGACCUCGGUUUGCAUUGGCAGACAAAAUGCAACGGUGAGGAUGUAUGCUCUGAAAUCUUAAACCAUGAGUCUAGCACUUAACGAUCUGCUUGUUUGCUGCCGGCAAUUAGAACACGACAGAGCUACAGAAAGAAGGAAAGAAGUGGAGAGAUUUAAGCGUCUGAUUCAGGACCCUGAAACAGUUCAACAUCUAGAUAGGCAUUCAGAUUCCAAACAACAAAAAUAUUUGAAUUGGGAUGCUGUUUUCAGGUUUCUGCAGAAUUAUAUUAACAAAGAAACAGAAUGUCUGAAAACAGCAAAACCAAAUGUAUCAGCCUCCACACAAACCUCCAGACAGAAGAAGAUGCAAGAGAUCAGCAGUUUGGUCAGAUACUUCAUCAAAUGUGCAAAUAAGAGAGCUCCCAGGCUAAAAUGUCAAGACCUCUUGAAUUAUGUCAUGGAUACAGUGAAAGAUUCAUCUAAUGGUGUAACUUAUGGAGCUGAUUGUAGCAACAUACUACUCAAAGAUAUUCUUUCUGUGAGAAAAUACUGGUGUGAAAUAUCUCAGCAACAGUGGCUAGAAUUGUUCUCUGUGUACUUCAGGCUGUAUCUCAAACCACCACAAGACAUCAAUAGAGUUUUAGUGGCUAGAAUAAUUCAUGCUGUCACUGGAGGAUGUUGUUCACAGACUGAUGGAUUACCUUCAAAGUUUUUGGAUUUUUUUUCCAAGGCUGUUCAGUAUGCAAGACAAGAAAAGAGCUCUCCUGGCUUAAGUCAUAUCUUAUCAGCCCUUGUCAUUUUCCUCAAGACUUUGGCUGUCAACUUCCGAAAACGGGUGUGUGAAGUAGGAGAUGAAAUUCUUCCUACCUUACUGUGUAUUUGGACUCAACACAGACUUAAUGAUUCUUUAAAAGAAGUAAUCAUUGAACUAAUUCAACUGCAAAUUUAUAUCCAUCAUCCACAAGGAGCCAAAACCCCUGAAAAAGGUGCUUACGAAUCAACAAAAUGGAAAAGUUUCUUGUACAACUUAUAUGACCUGCUGGUGAAUGAGAUUAGUCAUAUAGGAAGUAGAGGGAAAUACUCUUCAGGAUCUCGUAAUAUUGCUGUCAAGGAAAAUUUGAUUGACUUAAUGGCAGAUCUCUGUCACCAGCUUUUUAAUGCAGAUACCAGAUCUGUGGAGAUUUCUCAGUCUUUUACUACACAAAGAGAAUCUACUGAUUACAGUAUGCCUUGCAAAAAAAGGAAAAUAGAAGUAGGCUGGGAAGUGAUAAAAGAUCAUCUUCAGAAGUCACAGAAUGAUUUUGAUCUUGUGCCUUGGCUACAGAUUACAACCCAAUUAAUAUCAAAGUAUCCCUCCAGUUUACCUAACUGUGAUCUGUCUCCAUUACUAUUGAUACUGUACCAGCUUCUACCUCAACAACGUCGCGGAGAACGCACACCAUAUGUGUUACGAUGCCUUAUGGAAGUUGCCUUAUGUCAAGGCAAGAAAUCAAACCUAGAAAGCCCUCAAAAGUCAGACUUAGCGAAACUGUGGAUUAAAAUUUGGUCUAUUGCCUUUCGUGGUAUUAGUUCUGAACAUACACAAACUGAAAACUUUGGUUUACUUGGGGCCAUUAUUCAAGGCAGUUUAAUUGAAUUUGACAGAGAAUUCUGGAAGUUAUUUACUGGCUCAGCCUGUAAACCUUCAAGUCCUUCGGUAUGCUGUUUGACUUUGGCACUUAACAUCUGUGUAGUUCCGGAUACAAUGAAAAUGGGAACAGAGCAAAAUAUGUGUGAGGUGAAUAGAAGUUUCUCUGUAAAGGAGUCAAUAAUGAGAUGGCUCUUAUUCUACCAGUUAGAGGAUGACUUAGAAGUCAGCAAAGAACCACCUCCAAUUCUUCAGAGUAAUUUUCCUCAUCUUGUACUGGAGAAAAUUCUUGUAAGUCUCACUAUGAAAAAUUCUAGAGCUGCAAUGAAGUUUUUUCAAAGUGUGCCAGAUUGUGAACAACACUGCCAAGAUAAAGAAGAGCCUUCAUUUUCAGAAGUAGAAGAACUAUUUCUUCAGACAACUUUUGACAAGAUGGAUUUUUUAACCACUGUGAAAGAAUGUACUGUAGAAAAAUCUCACUCUUCUGUUGGCUUUUCUGUCCACCAAAAUCUCAAGGAAUCAUUGGAUCAUUAUCUUCUGGAAUUAUCAGAACAGCUUCUAAAUAAUUAUUCUUCUGAGAUUACAAGCCCAGAAACACUUGUCCGAUGUUCAAGUCUUUUGGUGGGCGUUCUUGGCUGCUACUGUUUUGUGGGUAUAAUAAUGGAAGAGGAAGCAUAUAAAUCAGAAUUGUUCCAGAAAGCCAAGUCUCUAAUGCAAUGUGCAGGAGAAAGUAUCUCUCUAUUUAAAAAUAAGACAAAUGAGGAAUCUAGAAUUGGUUCAUUGAGAAAUGUGAUACAUCUAUGUACAAGUUGCUUAUGUAGACAUACCAAGCAUAAUCCACACAAGAUGGUAUCCAGCUUUUUCCUUCGAUUGUUAACAUCAAAGCUUAUGAAUGACAUUGCAGAUAUUUGUAGAAGUUUAGUAAGUAUGAAUCUUUUUUUUUCUAAUAAAUUUCAUUGAUUCUGAGAUACAAUU